UGUGAUGUGACUCAUUGUCGGUAUCAAUUAAGAUAACUCUUAUCUUUUUCAAUCAUUUUUGCAUUUUUUUCUAAAGUUCAAUCGUAUCUCUCUUUUGCCAACCUCUGGCUUCAUUUUUUUUCACCAACCGAUCUUUAUUUCGAUUUUCUUCUUGUUCAAUCGUGAUUCCCGUUUGUACGUGUUUUGAGGUUAGAAUGCGGACUGAAAGCGUUCUAACUAUUAAUUAAGUAUGAUGUUCUGAAAGUCUAAAUAGUUUCCUGCUGAGGAAUCAGCAACAAAAACUUUCUUUCUGAUUCGGUAGUGGGCAAUCUUUCGUUACAUGCCUCUCAAGUAUGAGUUGAUUCCUCUGAACAAUUUCAUCCAGAAUGCGACAAUGUGAUCUCUGGUGAAGUUUCUCCUCUCUAAUGUGUAUGUUCUCAACAUGAAGUUUCUCUUUACUCUCGAGUAAAAUCGCGCAGAAAUGAGGGUGGCCAGCUUUAUUUCUAGAACGAAAUGAGAGAUCAACAUGUCCAAUCCUGGUCCACCGGUUUCUGUGAGAAACUCUUCGCUUCCGCAGAAUGUGAACGCAUCCAGGAAUCCAUGGACUGGCCCAUCAUACCAGCAAAUGGUCACCUCAAAUUACUACGAGCCAGAAUGUUCAAGCCCCAGUUCAGAAAAUGGAAGUCGCAUCUAUCAUGUGAUAGAUGGACCCGGUCCUCCCAUAAACUACGAUGCCAAUGGAUCAAAACCUGCAUCCUCAAAAAUUCGCAAACAACCUGCACCAGUACAAAAUCAUCACUUGGUUCCACACCCGCAAGGUGUAACAACAAUGAAGAAGUUACCUCCUCUGGAACAACUCCCUCGCAUGCCGCACCUCCAAGCUAGUCAUGAUUCUGUCCGCGGCCCUCCGCAGUUCUACACACGGGACUCAUUUCCCCGACACUUUCGACCACCGAGCCAAGGAGAUUAUCUGGAAGAAAUACGACCACAGCCGCCAUUUUAUAAUGUGGGGAGUGGUCGAACCUCACGGGCCACAUUGGACGUACCACUGUCAUCAACCACUUCCGAUGAUGAUGGAGGAGGAAUUGAUGCUUGCGGCGGACAUUGUGUUGCAUUCGAGAACUUUUGCCACUAUUGUCUCCAGGUUAUUUUCAUAGCAGGAAUUUUAACGGGAAUCUCAUUGAUGAUUGCUGGUUCAAUUCUCAUUGGUCAGCGAGGCAAUGAUGAUAAUCAUUCUGAUUACAUUUACAUUGGAUGUCUCAUGAUGCUUGUUUGCACACUCUUGCUCUCGGUCCAAUGCUGCGUCCGACGUAACGUGAAGCGGCGCAAGCGUGCUUUGCGCCGACAAGCAACUCGACGGAGACCAUCGUCAGCACACACUUACAACGACCGCAUUCCCCUGAAUGAUAUUUCUCCACCAUCAUCAACAAUUAGAGAAAUAUCUCUCCCAUCGUCAACGACGAGGGACAUUUACCCAGUCAAUGGUCAGCUGAGUGCACUGAAUACUCAAAACAUUAGUGUCCAUGACAAACUAAAUUCAACAAUGGAUUCCUCUGCAAGCCAAAGUGGAAUACCUUGGUGGCGCAGACAAGAGUUUGAAGAUCUUAUGCAUCAACACAAUUUUGUAUGAAGAUUACCUUGACAACUGUCCAAAACUGGUUGCUAGAAGAUACCACUUGUACAGAUAAGUUAGCUUUACUUCUGAUCACUAAUCACUAGGAAUAUACAUCUAAAUGGAAAGACCUUCAUAAUUGUCAUUUCUUUAACAGUACGAGCAUCAAUGAGAGGUCAAUGUCCUCAUAAGCAGCAUUUCCUGCGUAAUUUAUAGUAGAUAAGUGAUCAGACGUAGGCUUUUACAGACAAACCUCCUGCUUAUAUUUGUUAUUUUAUUUUUUAUUUCCAAAGAAAAAAUUUAGAGGAGAUGGCUUGAGCUGCUCCAGUUCUCUACCAAUUUUCAGUCAAAAUGUUUAAGUUAGACUCAAGCUUCAUCAAAUACAUACUAAACUCCUAGACAAAUCCUAUUUGUUUUAGUAUGACGCACAGUCCGCAUCCUUUAAAGCUUCCUUGAAACUUGUAUGAUGAUUUCUGUAACUACAUUAUGAAAUUAUGCAUUUUGACACUAUAUGUUCCUUUUGUUUGUACAUACAUGCAUUAAAUAUCUUGAGUACUGUAAGUAAGAAGCCUCUUAAUCGGUUCUUUUCUACUUUAAAAUGAGCGAGUGAUUAAAUUUUAUUGUAAAUACGUACGUGUAAAUUGAGAAAGAUUAGAAGUUGCUUGUUUUUCAGCUAGCAAGCAUUUUCCCCUCUUAUUUUCUGUUUCUCCUUUUCAUAAUUUUACUGACCUAUUUGUAACUGAUGGGAAUUCAAUCAGAUUUGACCUAACUUUAAACAUCUGAUCUAUUUUAAAUGAGGUGCUCUCAAAAACCAAGGAUGGAUAGUUCGAAAGCACAGAAUUCGAUUCUCUAUUUUCCCUACUCAUAAUAUGGGUAGACGUUCAAAACAGUCUACAUUUUUUUCAUUCAUAUAUGAAAUGAAGACAAGUCACAGCAUAAGUGGAGACAGAUUAACACGAAAUGCAAGUUUCUUUCAUCUAGAUCGCUAUGAACAGCUGAUAACUUUCGGACCAAUCAAUUUGUAAAAGACAUUGAAACAAUAAUAUAUAGCUAUAAUUAAAAAUAAAACAGAAAGAUGAAGCUAGCGAGGUAUGCAUGAUGGAAAUGGACACUGUGUGUUGGGAAGCUUUUGGGAAACUGCAUCGCUUUAUUUAUCAAUCAUUUUACUUUUAAUUUUUCAAUUUUUUGUAAAACCUUGGCACUGCUUUACAGUUGUUGCCUCAAACACUGAAAAAUCGAUGGCUGAUGAAAAACACCGAUUAUUUGCCAAUUGACGAUUUCAUAGGAUGAAGAAAAAACUUCGCCAUUUUUGUGAUUUUGAGGUUAAGUUAGUGAUUUCCUUUAUACAUUAGAGUGUCAUUACAGCGUUCUCAUCUGGGAUGGGAAGAAACUAAAAACAUUAGCUUGCUUAUCAUUACUGUAGAAUGUGGCAAAGACUGCAACUUAUUUUUGCCUGAAUUGUCAGCUGAGCGAUAUUGCUCCUUAGCCCUAGAAAUCUAAAUCAAUGUAUUGUAAUUGAUUUUACAACAUAAUUAACUGUGAUAAAAGUAAUUUCGGAAAGGAAGAACUGACUAGUAUAAUGUUCAGAAAUUAUCAAGACCCACUUAAUUGAAUUUCUCCAGUAUUUGGAAUAGAAAAUACUGAAGAGAGAGAAUGAUUAAAUUAUAAAUGCUAAUUCAGUCCCUGUGUCAAAAAUUUUUCUGGAUCUUUCUGCUCUUCCUCUCAAAAUUUUGUGAAUUCACGGUUUUGCAGUAGCGGAAGAAUCAUCUGAAGAACUAAAAACUUCUUUUAUCGAGCUUUAAGAGUAUUUACUGAAGUAGUCAAUUAUAAUUUAAGGAACCCACUUACAAAUUGGAAACUGUCACCCUCUCCUUUUUUUUUCUUUAUGAUGUAAUAUCUAUCUCUACUCAUGGAAUGGUUUCAUAGCAGUUCUACCCGCAGAGAAAAGGAGAGAGUCUUAGUUGCCAAAAUUUUUCAUUUGAAUUGGAAUGUAACCACCCUUGUUACAGGUUGUUUCAAGUCAACGCCUCCUAAUUCUGCAUUUUCACUGCAGUGACAUUUUUUGCUCAAGAUUUUUUCUUUUAAAGUAAUGAAAUUUAAUUAAUUUAUUUAAAUCAUAUUUUUUUACUACUCUCUAUGGCUCCUGAAGAUUCAUUUAAUUUUUGUCAGUUCUAUUGCAAGCAACCUUUGCUGAUGGACUUUAAUCAACUCGGAGAAUUUAAGAAAUAUUAUUCGGUUAUUCUAUUGGUAGUAUCAUACCAAAGUGCUCAAUGUUUAGGCUCUCAAUUAUCUAUGUAUUUCACGUUUUUACUAAAAUUUAUUCUGUCUUAUUUUUAUAUUUUUUGUAUACUUUUCACUAUUUUCAACACCUAAUUGUAAGUAUGUAUUUUAGAAUUGUUCAAUUUUUCAUGAACAAGUGUUGGCAUCCACAUAUUUCACUUCAAUAUAGCUCAUUAUAAAAUACCUUACCAGCAAUGGUAAUUCAGUUGUAAAUAUGCCAAUAAGCAUGUGCCAAUAAAUUAGGUAGUUGGUUUCUAAUUCUAUCCAAUCCCCCUUCACUCAUCAGAUAGUGGGGCCAUGUGUAUCACUUCCAUUUUACAAACACAGUUCUUAAGAAAUGUUUUUUCUGAAUGCGUCACAAAAAUUGUGAUAAAUUUUACGUCUCGUAAUUAGGAAAAAUGUUUGUUUUCGAAAGUUUGGUUCAAACCUUAAAAGAACGGAUCUAAGUCUGAAAAAAUGAAUCCAGAAAUAUUAUCAAAGGAAAAAGAUGUGUGUAUUAUCUUUAUGAAGUAACUAAUCAAGACUAGGAACGGAGUCCAUAUUAUAUUGAUAAAAAAAAUACUCUGAGGAAGAAUGUUGUUCCACCUCAGAGCCAUUUUCAAACACUUCUAAGACCUCAGUUCUGUGAUCAACUUGAUUUUAACUGCCAGACCCCUUUCCAUCGAACUGAUUUUUUAAAAUAAUUUUCCCUAGCUGACGAAAGUUCUUUUUUAGAAACCAUUUACACUAAAUUUGCCUCCUUUUUCAGUGCCUUUUAAUAAAGUUGAGAAAAGUUAUUUGUUUCAAUUCGUGCCCCUUUAAUUUUGAUGUAUUGUAAAUUAUUAUUUUAUUUUUUUUGUAACUUAAUUUGAUAGCAUACUUAUUUUUGUACAGAUCCAUUAGUCAAGAUCGCAGUAUGAAAAAUCCUUAUUUUUAUUCUCUUUUGUAAAAAUAAACCAUUUACUUUUA